AUGGAAUCAAGUUUACAAAAAUUGAAAUUCCAGGAUAUUGACAUAAAUCUUAUUCCUACUGCGAAGUGGACCACAAAAUUACAGUAUAUUCUAUACACCUGGUGUCAGUCGAUACUACAUGUGGCCAUGUUUUUUUCUGAUAUAUACACGUGUAUUAAAUUACUGGCAUUUAACACAUGGUCGAACAAUAUCAUCCAACCAUUCUUGGAAUUCCGUAUUUCAAAAUGGUUGUUUAGCGGAUGCAUAUUAUGCUCCUCAUUAAUAUUAAUUUGGGAGUUGGUAAUUGGAUUGAGAGUGUAUAGGAAGAAAGAGAUUACAUCGAACUACAUGAAUGGCAUUAGCAGAUUAAUAAAUUGCUUGUUCAAUUUCAAAAAGUAUCAAAUUUUCGAACUAAUAGUGCUGACUGAUGAGAAAAAAUUCAGUAAGUGGUUAUUCUUUUCAUAUUUUGAAAUCAGUGGAUGUUUGAGGCUAUUGUUCGGUGACUCUCCAAGGCAAAUAAUCAACGGAUUAACUUUGUGGUCAGUUUUACUGACAGUUUCGAAUGAGACCAGUAGCGGAACCCAUAGUACUCAAAGCCUAGGUAAUUUAGAUGACCUAAAUGGAAUAAUAAACAAGAUAAAACAUAUUGCUAAGACAAAUUACGAAGAAAGUGUGAUCUUGUCCUUCAUGUUGUUCUCGUUUAUCAUAUGGGUAAUUUUAAUAAGCAAAUUAAUUCUAAGCAUAAUAAUAUUCAUCAUUUUUAUACGUCCGAGAUUUUUGUCUAGUAAAAGGAAGGUUAAGGGGUAUGAAUUGAAACUACGAAAGUAUGUGUCUAAAGUCAUUGACGAGAAUUUAAGUAGAACUGUCUACGAAUUGGGAAUAUUGAUAGAUGAUGAGGAAGAAGGGACCAUAUGUGGUGACAACAAAACGCAAAAAAAAUUCGAUUAUGAUAGUCCUGAUUAUGGCGACGAAAGCACAAUACCGAGUUACUACUGCUACUCGGAUGUAGAAACGUACGAAAGAGUAUAUACGCCCAUAAAGGCAUAUUUCCCCCAGAAAUACAAACAUAAAUACAUAUAA